AACUUCCUGCGAAAGGCUUGCGCGGGGAAUCCGCGUCCUGUUUUCCCUAUAAAAACCCCAUUCCACGGUUUUUGGCCCCAAAGACGAGAGAGGGAGAUUACUCGAGAGAGAAAGAUUAUUCGAUUUCACCAACGGACAUCAAUGGGGCUAAACAACGAGGAAAGGAAGCCCAGGUUCCUCUGUCUACACGGCUUUCGUACAAGCGCGGAGAUUCUCAGGAAGCAGGUCUGUAAAUGGCCGGAAUCCGUGCUCGAAAAGCUCGAUCUCGUCUACCUCGAUGCACCUUUCCCGGCAGAAGGGAAAUCUGACGUGGAAGGGAUUUUCCCCCCUCCCUAUUACGAGUGGUUCCAGUUCAACCCUGUAUUUACAGAGUAUAAGAACUUUGAUGAGUGUCUUGCAUACAUAGAAGAUUUCAUGGUAAAGGAGGGCCCUUUUGAUGGUCUUUUGGGUUUCUCUCAGGGUGCGAUUCUGUCGGCUGCUUUGCCGGGCCUGCAAGCCAAGGGUUUGGCACUUACGAAGGUUCCAAAAAUAAAGUUUGUGAUAAUUAUUGGAGGGGCAAAGUUCGCUUCCCCAACUCUCGCUGAGAAGGCCUACUCAUCCCUGAUACAGUGCCAGUCCGUUCACUUCCUAGGUGAGACGGAUUUCUUAAAGCCACAUGGGACCACGCUGUUGGAAUCAUUCGUGGAGCCUGUUGUCAUUCAUCACCCAAAGGGCCACACCGUACCAAGGCUCGAUGAGAAGGGUUUGGAGACAAUGCUCGAUUUCGUAAAGAGGAUUCAAAUAGUUGUAGCCUGCGAUGGACCUGUAAUUGCUACCGAAGAAAAGGAAAUACACUUAUAGUAGAAUGGCCAAGUUCUCAUACCAUUAAAAAAAAAAAAUCAGUUUUAUUGGAUUUGUCCUCCCUCAUUUUAUUUUUCAACUUCUUUUAUGGCACUGAGAAACUAGCCAACUGGGAGGUGAAUGCUAUUUAUGCGGAUGAAGAUAAUUUGAAGUUAGAUGUCAGAUGCAGUUAUGUAAUCUCCACAGUUCCUUGUAAUAGUACACAUGGCCGAUGUGUUUUGUCA